AUGAGCGACGACGAAGCUCCUCGCACAACCGGCACCGACGAGGACGUCUCGCUCCCAAAGGCCACCGUCGCAAAGCUCGUUGCAGAGCUCCUGCCCGAAGGCUUCACCGCGACCAAGGAGGUCAAGGACCUCAUUACCGACUGCUGCAAGGAGUUCGUCCUCACCGUCGCGUCCGAGGCCAACGAGAUCUGCGAGAAGGACUCGAAGAAGACGAUGCUCCCGGACCACGUCGUCAACGCCCUCAAGGCUCUCGGGUUCGAGGAGUUCGUCGCCGGCGUCGAGGACGUCCUCAAGGACCACAAGGAGCUCGCAAAGCGCGCCAAGAAGGCCAAGCGCGCGGCGGGCAACGGCAUGUCGCCCGAGGAGGCCCUCGCCCUCCAGGAGCAGCUCUUCGCCGCGAGCCGCGCAAAGCUCGAGGCUGGCGCAGCGCCGGGCGAGGCGCCCGCCGAGGCUUCGUGA